CGCGUUGCAUCUGCUCCACUAAUGAGUCCCGCCUCGUAACAUCAGCGCGGUGUGGAGAACAGACGCGUCGUGACGCGCGAGCAGGCGGAGCGACGCACACCAGAUCCGCCGCUCAGACGCGAGCAACGCGCGUCCGCCGCCGCUUUAAUGGUUUCUAGGCAAAUCCAGAAGUAUUUCCAGGAUUUAUGAGAAGACGCGUGAUGCUGUGUGUUCUGCUCCUGACGCUCCUCUGGACGCUGGUCACCGCAGCGCUGCAGCCGUCCACACACACGGCCUCGGUUCUGCAGGACGAUGGAACAAGGCCGUAUAUUUACCACUGCCGCUCUCCUAACAUGGAGAUCUUCACCUGCUGGUGGCGUCCGGUCGCGAAUCAAGACAACGUCACCUACACGCUCCAGUACACCACGGGAGAGAGCGCUCCUCAGGAGUGUCCUGAUUACGUGAGCGGCGGCAUCAACAGCUGCUUCUUCGACACCAAACACACUCAGAUCUGGGAGAUCUACUGCAUGAACGUGACGGCGCACACACGCUCCGGACACAUCUCCUCACACAAGCACUGCCUGGACGUGGCUGAUAUAGUGGAGACUGACCCUCCCUUUAACCUGACGUACGUCGUGCUGAACGAGAGCGUGGAUCAGUCGUGUCGCAGUGUUCUGCUGUCAUGGCUGCAUCCGAUUGAGCCUCAGGUUCGUGAUGGAUGGAUCACGCUCCUCUACGAGCUGCGCUACAGACACCUCGCUCAGCCGGACAUCUGGAAGGUAAAAGAGCGUUUGCGCGAGCCUCAAGUGGAGGUGUUCGAUCUGCCAGUGGGAAAAUAUGAGUUCAUGGUGCGCUGCCGCUCAACCAACAGCAAACACUGGAGCACAUGGAGCGAGCCCAUCAACGUCAGCAUCGUCAGCAGACAUCUGUCCGAUCGGAGGUUGGCCCUGAUCCUCGUGACCAGCAUCACCAUCAUGGUCUUCCUGGUUGUGGGUUUAGGGAUUGCUCCGCGAGGAAAGAGAAUUAAAUCGCUCCUGCUGCCACCGAUUCCCAAGCCGAGAAUCCGAGGGAUUGAACCGGUUCUGCUGAAGAAGGGGAAGCUUGACGAGAUCAAUCGUCAUUUCUCCAACUUUCACGGCUACAAGUCGCCGCAGUACAGCAUGGAGACGUGGUACCAGGUGAGUGUGGACCCAUGUCCGGCUGCGACUCCUGCGCAGACGAGCUGCAGUCCUGUGCCCUACUGCAGUGGCCCCGCCCCCUACUGUGAGGAAGCCACGCCUGCUUCAAACCCUGGCCCCGCCCCCUACUGCGAGGGAGCUCCACCUCCUUCAAGCCAUGGCCCUUCCCCUCAUUGUGAAGGAGCCCCGCCUCCUUCAGAUCCUGGCUCCGCCCACCCAAUGCUCAUGUGCAUCCCAGGCAUGGACUACAGCAUGAUUCUAAGCCCCGCCCCCGCGCCGCCGCAGGACUUCUACACCUGUGUGAAGGGCGUGACGCCCGGCGGAGCGCUGCACCUGGUGCCCUGUCUGCCCGAGGCUCUGAAGAACACACCCUACCUGCAGUUCACAGACGACUGCACAGACAAGAGUGACCAGCUGACCGCACUCCUGGAGAAGCAGAUGGAGGCGCUGUUGAGCGCGAGCGACUCGGACCCCAGCGAAGCUGCUCUGCCUUUGCUACCUCACUCAUCAGACACAAACUGAGCGCACACCGGGAGCUAACGCACACGCGAUGUACAAUCUCACACACACACACACACACACACAAUCACACACACACACACACUAACAGUCAUGCAGUCUGUGCUGGUUUGUCUCGAUAGGACACAUGACUGGUGUUUCGGUUCAGAACGAGCACACUCACUGCCUGAUUCACAGCACAAGCAUAUUUUUUCACUGCACAUUAAGAAACAAGUUUGUUGAUGUUGAAUCAGGAGCAUCGCAUCAGCGGAUGUGAUUUAAACUAAAUUUGUGACCCUGGAGCACAAAACCAUUCAUACAGGUCAAAUUUUUGAAAUUGAGAUUUAAACAUCAUCUGAAAGCUCUCCAGUGAUGUCUGGUUUGUUCGGAGGACAGUAUUUGAAAAUCUGAGGGAGCAAAAAAAUCUAAAUAUUGAGAAAAUCAUCUUUUUUCAAAUGAAGUUCUUAGCAAUGCAUAUUACUAAUCGGAAAUUAAGUUUUGAUAUAUUUACGUUAGGGAAUUUACAUAAUAUCUUCAUGGACCGUGAUCUUUACUGAAUAUGCUAAUGAUUUUUGGUGUAAAAGAGAAAUGUAUAAUUGUGACUCAUACAGUGUAUUGUUGUGUAUUUCUACAGAUAUAUCUGUGACACUGAUGCUGCUUCUGUGCUGCAGGGACACAUUUAUUGAACUAUACUCAACUACUAUUGAGGAUCCAGAAAUGUGUAGUUAUGAAUAAUGAAUUAGAGAAAGUCGUCAUUUAUUUACCGCUACCAUUCAGAGGCAUAUUUCCUACUUGUGUAAAUAAGAUUUUACAGGCGGUGGAGGUUGUAAUACUUAAUAAUAACUCACUUCUGAUCACCAUUUUAUGUCAUUAAAUAAAAUAGUUACUGUAGUUAUUAGGGGUGUAACGGGACACAAUCAUGGUUUGGUAUGGUUUCGGUACACAAGGCAGAAAAAACUAAACAUAAAAUUGUUCUUUUCCUCCUUUUUCUUUUUUAUUAAACAGUGAUUUACUGAACAAAUUGCUCUUUCAAAUUCAGUUUUAAUAAAAAUGGGGUAAAAUUCUUACCUCAAACUACAUGGAGCCCUUUUACAAUACUAUAAGGUUACAAUUAACAACAGAGCAAGACUUAAAUUUAAUUACUAUUUAUUUUAAAAUAUAAUAAUCAACACUCAACUCUAGUGUAGUUUAACCCUGGAAUGGUAUGGGACUUUUAUGACAGUUUCUAAGUGACUUAUGAGCUUGAUUCAAAAAAGCUAAACAGUCGUAAAAAAAAAGUCCCACUUGUGUUGUUCACGGUCAAAAAAUUAUCACCAUUGGAAAUGAAUGGGAAAUAGACAUAAAUCCGAAAAUACAAAGAUGUUUUUGUGUGUACAAUCUACAAAUCAUCUACAAUGCAGAAAAAAAUGCAUAGCAAUGAAGUGGUUACAAAGACUUGAGCAAUAAUGCCUGAAAACACUGCUCAGAAACUAAGGAGUGCACAGCACUGAAUAUAGAGCCAUCUAAUGGCGACACCGUGGUAUUACACGUGAUUCUCUUUAUUUUCUCCACAAGUUGGAACCAAUCUGCCUCCAUUCAAUGGAUUUGAAAUACUUUUGCUCUAUUUUUAACUUAUAACUUAUACUGCAUUGAUUGAUUUUUUUUUUUACAUUUCAUACCAAAAAUAGUCCGUAAAUUAGAUGCAAAUAUUAAUUAAUAACAUUAAAUACACUCAAAUUAAAUAUUUUUGUGAAAUGAAUUUUUUUCAAACAUAAAGUUAUUAUAUGAUUAUGGCCUUGAACAACACAAGUGUGACUCCCAAAUAAACAAUCCCAGAGAGUCAAUUCAGGCUCGGUUCUUGUUCUCAGAUGUGCUUUAAGUUCAGAUGAUAUGAGAGAGAUCAUCAACCGCUGAGGAAUAUGAAGCACAAACUGCGUCAUCGUUCAGGGCAUGCACUGAGACACACACACACACACACACACACGAACAGCUGGACUCACACUUAUAAGUGAUCACAGGGCCGUUCUGGUGGGAUUUUCUGGAGCAGAUGAUCUUUCAGACUGGAACUAAAACACUCAGACCUUAAAAUCCAGACGAUGCAGGAAUAUUUCUGAAUAAUGGACACAGAUUCUGGCAUCUGUUCACUUCACUGUGAUCCUCGCCCGGUGUCUGAUGGGUAAUAAUCCUUCUGUCCCACGUCUAGAUGUAAUUCUUAGGGAUUUCUUGAAGCUUCUACAAGCCAUGAAUAAUAAUAUGCACACCAAAGACACAGGAUGAGACGAGUGUGCUGACUGUCCAGCGAUCGGACGGAGUAGAUGUGAAGAAGAACUGUAAAGAAACCGUUGUAAGAUGUUUGAGCGAGUGAUGAUGUGAUGAAUGUACGGUUGAGAUGACUAGAGUGAAGAAAGCCAAACGUUCACUCGCUUUAUUUUCUGAGCCUACAGCAGUUCCAUGAAUGCAGUGAGCUCUGGAGUCAGUUUAUAAGCCAUCAGACACAAACCCAAGUUAUUAAAUAUGAACUAUGAUCUCACACAGGAUUAACACUGCACAGAAGUAGCUCGUUCAAACCUCAUCGAGUGUUUGACACAGAUUCAUGUCUAAGUGUGUAGUUUGUAAAUGUGCUUGUGAUCAGUUUUGUUUAAUCGUGAUGUUUGAUUAAUGUUCAUUGCUGAAACACAAACUGAAUCAGGCUUUCCAUUCAUCAAUCACAGACGUGUUUCUGCAGCUUCAUUCAGGAGAAAUGAGAUCACGAUGAUGAUGACGAGUGCUGUAUAAAACUAAAGAUUAGAAACACUUUAUGAUCCACAAAAUGGUUUUAUUUUUAUAUGUUUGUUCUCAGCUACCAAGCUGUUUGAUAUGAGCUCAUUAUAAAAAAGUGUCAUAUAAAAUAUACACUCUCUCUCUCUCUCUCUCACACACACACACACACUCACUCACUCACUCACACACAUGCACACACACACAGAGAGAUAAUGUUACUAUAACCAGAAUCUUUGUGAGUGUGAGUGUGUGUGUGUGUGUGUGUGUGUGUGAUUGUGCAUGUGUGUGAGUAUGCAUGUGUGUGGGUCUGUGUGAGUGUGUGUGUAUAUGAAUAUAUGUGUGUGUAUGAGUGUGUGUAUGUGUGUGUGUGUGUGUGUUUCUAUGUGUGUAUUCGAGAGACUGAAGCACUGUGUUCUCUGUUCACUGUUUUUCACUCCUCUUAGUGUCAGUUCAUGUUUCGGAAACAUUUCCUCCUGAUUUUCCUCUGAUGGAUUAUUUGUCGUUGGGUUUUUCUCUGUGUGUGUGUGUGUGUGUGUGUGUGUGUGUGUGUCGUGUCUGUGCCUUAUAACUCCUGCAGGUUUUUCCUGUUGUUAUAGAUGUUCAUGAACACUCCUCUGUUAUUCCUGCAGAUCAUCUUUAGAAACACUUUAGAGAGGUUUAUAGAGUAAUAAAAGCGUCUGUCACAGAAUAUAUUCUCACUAACAUGUUUUGUACAUUAGAUUAUUUUCGUGUGCUUUCUGUAAGCGUUUGUUUCUCUUAUACAUUUUUGUAAUCUGUGGGAAAAUCAUAUUCCCAUGUAGUCAAAUAAAGAUGAGCUGAAAGAG